UCUCAGUAAGGAAACAAAACAAAAUUAAGAGUAUUAGUAAUUUCUCAUUAAGGAAACAAAAGGAUAGAAACAAAACCCUUCUUCCACCAACUUGCAGCCACCGAGAAACAAAACCCUUCCCUUCAGCGCGCAUUCAAUCAACGGUAUUGCCGCCACCGAGCUCUCCAUUCGCCGUUGACCACCACUUCAAAUUAGAGAUGACUUCAAAAGAAAAGAUUAGACUCAAGCUUCCAUUCAAGAAAAAUCGCAUCAUUUUACCGCAUAAGGUCACUCAAGCAGCUCAACAAGUACAAGCAACAAUUGAUCAAUUGCCACUAGAUUUCAAUGCCACUACACCAACCUCACACUAUGUGCGGCAUCCCACCCAACAACUUGUUCAACCUCCUACCCAACAAGUUGCAGUGCUUCCAAUCCAACCUAAUAAGGUGCAUGCUAAUCCACCACCUUCAACACUUGUUGCUAUUGGUAAUAAGACUCAAGGGACACGAUGCUCCAAUUCUAGUCAUGGGGUUGCGCCUGAUGGGAGAACAAUGAUAUGGCCGGAUGAUCGAGAGUGGUUACCGUGUAGGGUGGCCUCGAGAGCCCUCACCUCAGUGAUUACAUCACAAUAUGUUGAUAUGUAUCCUAGCUGGAGAGCAAUCCCAGAAUUAGCUUUGAAACACUGGUUCGACAAAUUUGGUGAAAAAUUUGUUUGGUUGCCUGAGCAUAAUUUUCAAAUUAAGAAUAUCUUCAAUACAAAAGGAUCAAAGCGUCUUUCUGAUAUGUUGAUGCAAGCGAGAAAAAAUCGCAAGUGUCCAACUUAGAUGGAAGAAACUGUUUGGAAUGAUCUUGAGAAGAUAUGGAUGGAUUCGUCGUAUAAGGAGAUAUCAAAUCGAGCUAAGAAAAAUUGUGCUUCUUCUAAAGAAGGAGCUGUCCAUACAGGUGGAUCUAUAUCCAUUGUUGAACAUACCAUUCGGAUGGCUAAAAAGUUAGGUAGAGACCCCACAUUGGAUGAGGUCUUUUUAAAAACUCACACGAAGAAGAAGGACAACUCUUGGGUUGAUGAAAGAGCACAAAAAAACAUAUGAAACAUUUCAAGGUAAGUUGCAACAAGCCUCCAAAGGUGGGGAAACAUCUAGUAGUUGUAGCCAAGUGGUUAAUGUAGAAGCUCGCUUAGACAUGUGGGUCCAAUCUGUUGGGGGGAAGAAUAAAGGGAGGAUCUAUGGUGCUGGAGAUAGAUCUUCGCUUUAUAGACCAGGUGUCGCAAGUCUAGUUCCAUAUUCUCGUCCAUCUAGAGGUUGCGCCAAUUUCUUGUCUCAACCAUCUAACGAGAUAGCUGCACAGAUAGCAACAUUUGAGGAGCGAGCAAAAGCGGCAGAACACGAGGCACGAGAGGCGCGAGAGGAGCUAAGGAAAGUAGAGUUGCGUCGACAAGAGGAAGUUCAACAAAUAGAGCAACGCACUACAGAGCUACAGAUGCAGCUAGCAAUAUUGGCAAAAAGUGUUGCUUCCAUACAGGCCGAGUCAUCCUGUCGUCGUCGUCAUCCAGAUUAUGACGAGGAUGAGUCUAGCGAUGAUGACGGUGAGGAAUAAUAUUGGUUUCAGUGUCAAUUUCGUUUAGUAGUUAUGACUACAUAUUUCGUUUAGACUUGUAGACAUUAUCUAUAUAUAUUCCUACGAUAGUGUCGUUAUGUGUAUUUUGAAACUUAUUGCAGUAACAAUGUGCUUAUUUUGAGACUUAUGGAAGU